AUGGACAAGCAGUCAGCCACCCUCUCCAAGGCCUCUGAGCCCCCUGCCCCAUCCAACAUCGCCAAUCGUCCCGGGACGCCGGGUUCAGCCGAGGCCAACGGCCCUGGGCAAGGCAUGCUCCUCAUUCGCAUCGUCGAAGCAAAGAAUCUGCCUGGCUGCUCGUUCUCGGAUAAAGAUCCCGCCAAGCUUCCAUAUUGUGUCAUCGAAGUCGACAAGAACGACCUCGUCGUGCCCGCCAAGGAAGCCCUCAACGGCAUUGUCACCUGGCAGUACCGCUCACACUUCGAUGUCAGUCGCCAAUGCGAUAUAACUCUUUCGGUCUACCACAAGACUGCCGCUGGAGACAAGAUGCUUGGCAGCGUCGUCGUGAACCACAACUUCACAGACCAGAACCUGAACGAUGGGUGGUAUGCUCUGACCUCGCAAGACGAUGGCAAGCCUGCUGGCGAGCUCCACCUUCAACUUGUUUUCAAACGCGCGGCGAAAAAGCCAAUGUCGAUCGAGGAUUUUGAUCUUCUCAAAGUCAUUGGCAAGGGAAGCUUUGGCAAGGUCAUGCAGGUUCGCAAGAAAGACACAAACCGCAUCUAUGCCAUGAAGAUCAUCAAGAAGAGCCACAUUGUGGAGCGAUCGGAGGUCUCCCACACCCUGGCCGAACGCAUGGUCCUAGCCCGGAUCAACCACCCAUUUGUCGUUCCCCUCAAGUUCAGCUUCCAGAGCCCAGAGAAACUGUACCUGGUGCUGGCCUUUGUGAACGGUGGAGAGCUCUUUCAUCAUCUCCAGAACGAGGGUCGGUUUGCCGAGGAGCGGGCCAAGUUCUACACGGCCGAGCUCCUGACCGCUCUCGAGUGUCUGCACAACUACGAUAUCAUUUAUCGUGACCUCAAGCCCGAGAACAUCCUGCUCGACUACACCGGCCACAUCGCCCUCUGCGACUUUGGUCUGUGCAAACUCAAUAUGAAAGACGGCAACAAGACCAACACCUUCUGCGGUACGCCCGAGUAUCUGGCCCCCGAGCUGCUCAUCAACAAGGGCUACACCAAGGUCGUCGACUGGUGGACCCUGGGAAUCCUGCUGUACGAGAUGCUGGUGGGCCUGCCGCCCUUUUACGACGAAAAUGUCAACGAAAUGUAUCGCAAGAUCCUGUCAGACGAGCUCAAGUUUCCGGACGAUAUGAGCUCGCAGGCCAAGGACAUACUGCGACAGGCAAAGCGUCUGGGCCGCAACGGACCUGAAGAAAUCAAGCAACAUCCCUUCUUUGCCAACAUCAACUGGCAGAAGCUAUAUCUGCGCAAGUACACUCCGCCGUUCCGACCCAAUGUGGCCUCGGCCACCGACACCUCCAACUUUGAUACCGAAUUCACCUCAGAAAUUCCCAUGGAUUCUGUCAGCGAGGGCUCGGCACUGUCCCAGUCGGUCCAGCAGCAGUUCCAGGGAUUCACCUACCAAGCGACUCAGGAGCAUCUGGCAGGAAGCUUGCAGGCCACAGGCUCACUUAUUGCACCCUCCCGGCUCGGCGGCGCUCUCCCCAGCAAUCGCCCGACCCAGCCGCUGAGAAAGUGA